GCUGGAGAUCAGUCCAGUGAUGUAGGAUUUACAAGUUCUCCUGCAGAACCUCCACCUAGUAAAUCUCCCUCAAUGCCAUCUUUGAAUCAGACAUGGCCUGAGAUGAACCAAAGUAGUGAGGAUACAGCUAUAGUCCACCCAGUCCCAAUUAGAAUGACUCCCAGUAAAAUUCAUAUGCAGGAAAUGGAACUAAAAAGAACUGGAAGUGAUACAACAAAUCCCACAAGCCCUUUGCACAUAAAGCCACAAGAACUCCCAGAAGAGAGCUCUGUUAAAUUUGUUUCUGGGAAUCCUGCCUCUGAUGGCUAUAGCAGUUCAGACUCCUUCAACUCUGAUCCUGAAGAGAUUGGAAAUGUGGUCACUAGACAGAGGUCCCAUUCAAGUACAUCUCCAGACAAUGCAGCACCACCA